AUGGGAAAAUAUUUAUUUAGAGAACGAAGACUUCCUGUCUACGAUGUAGCUGUAGCCAUAACAAAGUUAGGAGCUGUCCAUGACGGAAGUCCACCGCCGUCAUACCUGGGUGGACCAGGUGCUGAAAAGUGUCAAUGGACUGACGGCUUUAUUAUGUCAGAUUUAAGACACACUGAAAGAGGAUUUAGAUGGUCUUCUUGUAGUGUAGCCAGUUUUCACCAUUUUCUGAACGGUGAUACGGCUACGUGUUUAUACAACGCCCCUCAUGAAGAUGAAAGCUUACCGAGAGUGUUACCUGGAAAACUAUUAACUUUAGAUGCCCAAUGUAGAAGAGAUAGAGGAACAAGUGCUUGCUUUAAAGAUGACCGAGUGUGUGCUCAACUUUUCUGCUUUGAUGCAGGUAGUGGCUACUGUGUAGCUUAUAGACCUGCUGCAGAAGGAUCGCCGUGUGGAGAUGGACAGUAUUGUCUAAAUGGAAGGUGUGUUGCAGAACACGAAAACAUAAUCCCAGAUUACUCUCAAAAUACACCUUCUUAUGUAAGAAGUAACUCAAGAACCUUGUAUCAAGAAACAGAAGAGAGUAACCAGGCGCAACUGUACAAUGACAAAACAGAAACAUCGACAACUUACAAAAACUUACAAAAAUAUCACCAAAUACACAGCACCGAAAAAUCUCAAUUAGACUUUAAUCCAUAUCAAAACAGUUAUUCAACAACUAAGAAAAAUUCAUACCAGACCCCUUUAAUUUUUAAUUUUAAAAACUUCCAAACUACCACUUCAGAGCAUCCUAGUACAAAAUUCUCCUUUAAAUUUAUGUACCCCCAAGAUUCAACAACGAAAUCCGCUUACAAUUUCAAACAAUAUUCAAAAUUAACAACUACCCAAAAGCCAACUCCGGAAACCUCAACGGUAGGUACCACCAAUCGCUACAUAGGCAAUUACUAUUUGCUGAGGAAGCAAACGACAAAAAAUCCUUACGAUUUUGCCGAUUUCGGCAAAUCCACACAAAGUCCGUAUGACAGCGUGAGCUACAACGAAAACCUAAACAAUUACCUGAAGCGGUCAUACAACGACGUGAGUUACUUUAGCGAUAGCAAUAGGCAGUCUGUAAGCAGUAGCGUUUACUGA